GCGGCCAGGCCGUUGUUCAGACUUGGCUGCGCGGACACGGAGAAUGUUAGCAGGAAGCGGCCCUGCGGUGGUUCCCAACGGAUCGGCUCCCAGUGGAGCGGACAUGGCCUCCGGCCCCAGCGAGCGGGGCGAGCGGGCACCGGUGGCCCAUGACUGGAUGAGAGGCGGCAGAGGACACGUCUCCGCGGCGGACAUGGCCUCUGGCCCCCGAAUGCAGCAGGAGGCAGAUCGGCCGAGUGUCCUGGGUGUGGCCCACGGCGAGCACUCUUGGAUGACCGGAGGACAAGUCUCAGCGGCAGAUAUGGCCUCUGGGCCAGGGGUGCAGGAGGUGACUGUGAUGGACGCCAAUCCCUUCGCGCCCGCCGCGGAAAGAGACCCUGCACAACAGAUCGUUCACCAGCCCGAAGUGGUGCGGGAGGUGAACGUGAGCGUUUCAAGUGAUGCAAAUCCCUUUGCGUCCGCACCAGUGAACAUAAAAGCUUCGGAUGAUGCAAAUCCAUUUGCGUCCGCGCCAGAAACAGUGAAUGCUUCAGAUGCUGCAAAUCCCUUUGCUUCCGCACCGGUUGAUGCUUCAGAUGCCGCAAUCCCUUUUUGGUGCGCGCCGGUAAACGUGCAAGCAUCCGAUGACGCAAAUCCAUUUGCUUCGGCACCAGAACCGACAGUGAAUGCGGAGAACGACGCCGCAAAGGAGCCCUCGGGAUCGGCGCCAGUGAAUGUAGAUGAUCCGAAUGGUGCAAAUGACACUGAGUCCCCACCAGUGAAUGUGAACGCUUCAAGUGACGCAAAUCCCUUUGCGCCUGCACCUGUGAACAUAAAAGCUUCUGAUGAUGCAAAUCCAUUUGCGUCCGCUCCAGUAACCUUGAGUGCUUCAGAUGCCGCAAAUCCCUUUGCUUCCGAACCGGCGGAUGCUUCAGGUGCUGCAAUCCCUUUUUGGUGUGCCCCAGAACCAGUUGCGACAGAUGCUGCAAAUCCCUUGGAUUCAGCACCAGUGAAUGUGAAAGCUGCUGCAAGUGAUGCAAAUCCCUUCGCAUCCGCACCAGUGCAACUGGUAGCUUCGGACGAUGCAAAUCCAUUUGCGUCCGGGCCAGUUGAUGCUUCAGACGCCGCAAUCCCUUUUUGGUGCACGCCAGCAAAUGCAUCAGAUCCGCAGAAUGGCGCGGGGCUUUUUGCGUCUGUGAACGCGAAAGCAUCCGAUGACACAAGACCAUUUGCUUCUGCACCAGAACCGAAUGCCGCAGAUGCUGCAAAUCCCUUGGGAUCGGCGCCAGUGGCUUGGCAGCAUCCAAUUGCAGUUGGGCUGAUUGCUGCCUUUUUCCAGGUGAAUGUGAAAGCUGCUGCAAGUGAUGCAAAUCCCUUCGCAUCCGCACCAGUGCAACUGGUAGCUUCGGAUGAUGCAAAUCCAUUUGCGUCCGCGCCAGUUGUCAAUGCUUCAGAUGCCGCAAACCCUUUUUGGUCUGCGUCAGCGAAUGCAUCAGAUCCGCAGAAUGGCGCGGGGCUCUUUGCGUCUGUGAACGCUGCGAACGCAGGCGGAGCCGACGGCCUCUUUGGUGACUCGCCGCCCAGUUGGUUCGAUCAAAUCGGAGGGAGCAGCUCUUAUUUCUGA